CGUUGAGAAAAUUCUGAAUCUUUUCCAUGUUCGCCUUUCCUGCCAUCAAUUCCCGAGCAAGACGAAACGUCUCGCUUUUGAUGUCCCUGUGUUUGCAAGUUUCCACUCUCACUGUGAUCUCGUGACCCGUCGGAAAAAAUUAUCGUAAAAUGACUCAACCGUGAAAUCUCCACCUAGAUUCCGAUCCAACACUUGUCCGGACGUCCCAACAUUUCAUCCCAAAUAAACAUCGCCUACGGUACUGCGUGAAUCAAUUGAAGGUGAGAACAAUCUAAUUGAGGGCCGAUGGAUAUAAGCGAGAUACUUGGGGAGAGCUCGAAGCCAGGAAGCUUAGUACCGACCAAGAGCGCGAUUUAUGUUUGGGGUUACAACCAGAGUGGGCAGACGGGAAGGAAUGGUAAAGAGCGCCAAUUACGUAUCCCUAAGCAGUUGCCACCUGAGCUAUUCGGUUGCCCUGCUGGUAACAACGCCCGGUGGUUGGAUAUAGCUUGUGGCCGGGAGCACACCGCCGCCGUGGCUUCCGAUGGAUCGCUCUUCACAUGGGGGGCUAAUGAAUUUGGUCAAUUGGGGGAUGGCUCUGAAGAGGGGAGCAAGUACCCUAAGAGAGUAAAGCAAUUAGAGUCUGAGCUUGUGAAAUCUGUAGCUUGUGGAGCACAUUGCACUGCUGCUAUUGCAGAACCACGUGAGAAUGAUGGAACCAUCUCCAAAAGUAGGCUAUGGGUUUGGGGACAGAACCAGGUGCUUAGAUUUAUAUCUGUGUCAUUCUGUUUUGGAAAAGCUGUUUCAUUUUGUCACGACUCUAGAACUUAGCUUUCUUGUGAUUUCUUCUUCUCCUCAUUCCAGGGGUCGAAUUCUCCGCGUCUGUUUUGGGGUGCCUUCAAACCUAACACGGUAUGCGUUGAGUUGAAUUUUAUGUGCCUGAGGUUAGGAUGGUGUAUUGGCAAACCUAAUAAAUAUCUGAGAUUCUUCUUAAUUUCUGUGUGUUCAUACAAAUCUGGUCGAGGCUUGACAUGUAUUGGUAAAUGAUUGUUUGGCUUGAGCAGUCUUACAACUGGAAUGAGGCACUUUGAAUUAAUACGUUAAUCCUUAUUCUCUCUCUGGUUGCUUCAGAUGAUCCAUCAGGUAUCCUGUGGUGCAGCUCAUGUGGUGGCCUUAUCAGAAGACGGAAUGCUACAAUCCUGGGGAUACAACGAAUAUGGCCAGCUUGGUCGUGGGGUUACUUGUGAAGGCCUGCAGGCUGCUCGUGUCAUCACUGCUUAUGCAAAGUUUCUUGAUGAUGCUCCAGAGCUCGUGAAGAUAACCCAAGUUUCAUGUGGGGAGUACCACUCAGCAGCCUUAUGUGAAAUGGGCGAGGUGUAAGUGUUUGUAAGAUUCUGUUGACGAAGAUAAAGUUGUACUAUUAACAUGAAAAUUGUGGCUAUUCUCAUGACUCAUGGAACUUUCCCUGAAGCUUGGGAAAAAUCUCCUUGUGGGGCUCUCCCGGAGUUCGGGGUGCAAUGGAAAUUCUGAUAUGCAAGUCCCUCUCCCCUUUGCUUCUGUCUAGCAGUACAUUUCUCAUUGCCAGAAAUGUGGCAGGCCAGUUUAGUUUCUUCAUACCAUAAAGAAUUGCACAGAUUUUGUGUGAUUAUUAGAGAUGCCAUUACAGCAUCAACAAAUGGACCCAUCCCAGAUGUUUUUAAAAUCGAUUGUUUCAGAUGCAUGUAAUUGAUUCCCUCCAUGAACUUCCCUUUCUUUUUCUGUUUGUACUGUUUCAGUUAUACUUGGGGGCUUGGAAGCAUGGGCCAACUUGGGCACACGUCCCUUCAAUCUGGGGACAAAGAGUUGCUACCGAGACGAGUGGUUGCCCUUGAUGGUGUUAUCAUGAAGCAUGUCGCCUGUGGAGGAGUGCAUACUUGUGCAGUUACUGAUAAGGGAGCUCUAUACGCUUGGGGUGGCAGUCAAGCUGGUCAACUAGGCUUGGGACCCCAAACUUCAUCAUUCUCAUUCAUUCCCAGUGACUCUGAAUCCUUCCUCCGAAACAUCCCUGCCGUGGUUGUUCCAAAUGGUGUUGAACAUGUAGCUUGUGGACAUUCUCAUACACUUGCUUCUUUGAACGAUGGAAGGAUACAGGGAUGGGGUUACAAUAGCUAUGGCCAGGCAUCGAAUGAGAAGUCGACAUAUGCUUGGUAUCCGUCGCCAGUUGAUUGGUGUGUAGGGGCAGUCCGGAAAUUAGCUGCUGGGGGUGGUCACUCAGCUGUGCUGACCGAUGCUUGUUCCUUGAAGGAACUCUGUGAGUUUAGACUUGCAGAUGAGGUUAAGUUCUCGAAUGCAUCACGGAUUGAAGAUGUUGCUUCCCGAACUGGGGCUGAUGCUUUAGCUCGUCUCUGCGGACGAUUGAGACAGCAUAUGGUUGACAUCGGAGAUCAAAACUACGAUGAUGAAGAUCAGUGAGCACUGAAACUCUCAUUUAGAAUUCGUCCUGAUUUUCUGUGAAUAGUCCUUCCCCUGUUCUGAAUUAAGGGUGUCGAUUGCGACGUCAGCACCUGUAAGUAUUGUAGCUCUGUGAUUGUUGGAACAGGAAGCGGUCAACUAAUACGUUGAGUCGAACUUCCGAUUAUUGUGUCCUCACAAUAUGCUGCUGGUCCAUCUCGUAUGUAGCUGUAUGUACCAACACUUGGAUGCCUACAUAGUCAACCCAUUUGUUGUGAUUUAACUUCAAAUAUUGUAGUGACUGUAAGUCUGUAACAGAACUUUUAUGUAUGCGGGAACUAAGUAGUGUAAUCAAUGUACAAUCUUUCUGUGGUUUCGGAUUUGUUCUACUGGUGAUGAUCUUACUGAAUCAAUUGACACAUUGAUGAAUAUAACAACUAGUGGUUCGGCACUUCGCGAA